AUGGAUAAGGUCAUUGUCAAUAUUCCUCAUGACAACCCAGACAUGCUUGCUGACUUUGUUGCUUCAGAUGACACUUAUUGCAGAGCGAAACCAUUUGAAAACAACAAUGAAAUAACCUACAUAGUGACAAGAACAAGAAUCACAAGGUGUAGUCUAGAUGAACCCACCCUUUCUCAACCCAACCCUCCCAUUGAAUCGGUUGGCGAAUACUACAUCAAGAAGAUGGAGUUUAAAGCCUUGUUGGAGGUACAUUUAACUUUAAAAUCAGGGGACAAAGAAUUAAUAAAGAAAAUUAGAAAGGAAACAAAAUUAGAACAUCACCUUGGUGUACUGUCUGACAAGCUAGAACAACACCUACAAUUGGCCAAAUUGAAUGUGCUCGUAAGAAAAGGGUUCAAAGACCCGUUAGUUGGCCACCCAGUCACCCUAGAAAUGUUAAAGUCAUUCUUUAGUUUAAAAAUAGACGAGGGCCACCUGUUAAUGCCUGUAAAAAUGGAGAUUUCCGAUGCACUGUCGCCUCUCAAAGUAGAUAGUAAACAAUUCUCGAUUUUCAAAAGCAAAAAAGCCAAACUAGAUUCAUAUUUACCAAGAAUAGAAUCAAUGCUCAAGAAGUUAUCGGAUUAUCGAGAAGAACUAUCGGUAAUAUUGGAAGAUGAGAAUAUGUCAAACUACAUUGCUCCUCUCAACACUAAAGUUUCACAAGCUAUUGGGCGUUUAAAAUCCCUUAAACAAGAGACAGAGUUGUUUGGGAAAGAAAGUUUCAAAAACAUUGUAGAAGAGAUUACCGUCAAGGAUACAUUUUUAGAUGAAGUUUUAAAAAAGAUUUCAAUUGCAAUGGGAACAACGGAGACAACGAUUGUCGACAAGGGAAAAUGGAAGGGAAAAACUAUUUUGGAUUUUAAAACAGAUCCUACCACUCACAUUCCAACACACCAAGGAAUAUUCACCUACCUAAACAAUGACGUAUACAAAGGAUAUUGUCUGAAUGGUAAAAGACAUGGAAAUGGAAUAAUGAUAUACCAUCCUUGCAGUAUUGAUAAAAUUAAAUUGGUUGAAGGCGAGUGGAAAAGCGACGAGGUUAGCUAUCCAGCAAAAAUCACCUAUGAUGAUAAAACUGAAAUGAUUAGCAACAAAGCGGAAUUGGACUCCUGGAAGGCAAUGCGCCAAACUACAUACCUCUCACAAAGUCUGGAAACAAGAACUAUAGAAAGUGAAAAAACCACACAAUUCAGAGUCAAAGUGGAAAAGAUUAAAGACGAAACAUUCAAGAUUUUAUAUGGUCGCUUUAAAAAGUCUCUUUUCUCACAUAGAAAACAAUUCUUUGCUAUGUUUUUAGGCGUAACGGGGUCUGGAAAGUCCACAUUAGUGGAGUUUAUUCUAAAUAUCUUGACAGGCCAACUUGGGUCUCCACAAACACUUCGGGCAAAGGAUCUAGAGGCAGCUGGCGUUGGAAAGAGCAAAACAGCCGAGGCAUAUCGGUAUGACAUCGAAUAUGUGGAAGAUGACCUACUCAUGUUCACAUUAACACUAAUCGAUACACCAGGAUUUGCAGAUUCAAAUGGAAUAGAUAAGGAUAGGGGACACAUAGAAUCAAUAUUGAGCUCAGUCUCAAAGAUUGAAAGACUGGACAAUGUCACAUACGUCGUUCCCAUAUCUCUUACCCGACAAACUCUGGAAACAUUUAGUGUGUUAUGUCAAGUAUUUUCAAUCCUGCCUAUCCAGGCUUUUGAUUGUGUUUCUACUGCAAUCACAUUUGGAGACAACAAAAAUCAGGCAUCUAACGUCCUGGAUGUUUUGAAUGAAAUGUUGCCAGGAAUUAAAGACAAACCUGCUACUUUUAUAAACAAUCCUUGGGCUCAACAUCCAAACAAUAGCUUUAAGGACAACCAGACAGAAAAAUUUAAUCUAUCGGGAGCAGACAAUUCCACUGAUAUCAACAUUAAUGAAAUUGCCAAAAAACUGGGAUCAUUUUUUGUGGAGAGGUACGAAUCUCAAAAAUCCUUUGAGUGCAAAGGAAUGGUACAACUCAACAAACUCAUUGUAACUCUUAUGGAAGAACUUAAAAAUAUAAAAGAAACCUAUGGUAAAUUAAGCUCUUCUACUAAAAGCUUGGAGCUGAUAUCCAACUCCAAGGAUUUGAAUCAAUUGGCACACAUCGCUGACAAAAAUGCAAUGGAAGAAUACUUUAAAAAAUCUGGAUAUGCUGUCAAGGAUGGAAAACCAAUGGCCAAAGUCAUUGGUAAUGAGCUUUGGCCAAAUGGUGCUUACUCGACAGUGUGCCUAGCACCGGACUUCAAAACCUAUGGCGAUCAGUACUCGCAUCAACUAGAAACACUCAGACAACUAGAAUCCAAAUUCAAAGAGCUAUCAGUCUUUGGCAAUAUCGACAAAAUUCUUGAUUGUUCACUUCAAACUCAUAGACAGUUAGAAGCUGUACAGGCAAUCGACGAUGUCAUCAAAAAGAAAUAUCUUACCGAUGUUAUCAGUAAUCUCAAGUUGUUCAUUGAUACUAUUAAAAACUCGGAUGCACUCAAGAAAAGAAUUGAAGGCGAAGUUUUGGAAAUCACAGAACGAAGAAAAGAAAAAGUCUUGCAAAUUAAUCGCUGGAUUGAAAAAAUCGCUUCAUUUUGUACCAAUUCAUUCUAUGGUGAUGGGAUGGAGUCUCAAAGAAAUAAUAAUAAAUGUAUUUCUAAGCAUUGCUCAUCGUCUAACGAUCUAGUUUAUUGCCUUAUGUGCAAAUAUACAUUUUGCGAAGAUCAUUUUGAAGAAUGCAAAACAGUCGAUCAUACAUGUAUAGAUAAAAAAGAUAGGGACAUAAUAGAUUACCACUGCGAUAUCAAAGAAGCAGAAUGGACGAGCAGGGACGCGAAACAUAAGUUUAUUCAACUAGAGAAUAACAACAACAAUUGGAUAAUGGAUUUAAAAGUAAAAGAUGUAUCUUCUCAUCUCAUUUCAUUCUUUGGACCAACUGGUAGUGGAAAAUCAUUGAUUAUAAGAUCGAGUAUACUAAAAAAGAAUGGUUGUGAACAACAUGAAAUACCAUUCGUAGGCAAAGAUGACGGGCCAUCCCAAUCCACAUCUUCAGAUAUCAACUAUUAUAUAUUCUCCGUUUUUAAAGAUGCCGAAUAUCUGUUGGACUCUGAAGGAACUGGUGGAACACCUGACAACCAAUUUUUGAAAGGUCAACCAGAAGAAAGGCUUCAUCACGUCGAAGAAGUUUAUCCAAGACUUCUUCAUCUCAUCAGUGAUCUGGUUGUCUAUGUAUUCAGCAACCCCAGAGAACAUUCGACCAUUGUAUCGGCAUUAUCAAAAAUGGUCAGCCACGUUGAAUCAAAAGUCAUCAACAAGCCACACAAGCCUCAUCUCUUGGUCAUCUUCAACAACCAAAAAGAAAAAAUUGACAAAGAUAAUGAUUUUUUCCAAUCCAAAGAAUUCCUUGAUGAGGGAGAAGAUACAAAAAUCAUCAAAUCACACUUUACAAGCUAUAAAUCAAUCACCGUUCCAAACUCAUCUGAAAUGCCAACUUUGUUUAUAGAGAAAUUAAAUUUGGUAAUUGACGCAUAUAGUAGUAAAAAAACCAAGUUGGAUACAUUCAUACCUCAAUUUACGGUUGGAGAAAUAGUAGCACAAUUAAAUCAAAGCCAAGAUAAAUCGAUAGAUUAUUUUAUGUUAUUGCAAGAGAAAUCUCAAAUCUAUAAGGAUUAUAAGAAGUCAUUGGAAAACUCGUCAGGUACAACAGACUUGGAGAAACACCAAACGGCCAUCGAACAAGUAAAGAAAAAAAUAACAUUUUCUACAUCUCGAGAUGAUUUGGUUCAGGCCGAAUAUCUUAUUUGGAAUGGCAGAUGUCAGGUAAUCUGCAGUGAUGGAUUUCAAUGCGAUUUGAUACUUGCAACACACGGAGAUUAUCACCGAUCAAGUAAAUCAAGACAACAAAAAUUGGAACCCAAUAACUACAACUUUUUUAAGGAAAUAUUUUUCCCAAAUAACCGAAAGUCAUUCCAACUUGAAGAAGCUAUUGAAUGGGCUGGUAAAUUUACCGGUAUGGCUAUAGGCGAACCAAAUUUGGUAAAAUAUUUCGACAAUCUCAAACAACACAAAGAUUUAGAUGAUCUACUUUCAAAGUUGAAGGAUUUUAAAACAAAUAUUCAAACAAUGCUUGAAGACGAAGAAUUUUUCAUUUAUGUGGAGGAACUAAACACAAAAGUACUACAAGCCAUUGAAGCAGUUGAAAGUCAUCAAUUCAAUCUAUCUAAUUUGAUCAAACAAUAUGACAAAAGGUAUGUCAACCAAAAUUAUAUUUACCUAGAACAAAAAAUUGAUUAA